AUGUUCCAAUUGGAAACGUUGCAAGUUCUAGAUUUGAGCUGGAACUCUUUCAAAGGAACCCUUCCAAGCCAGUUGGGGUUGAUGUCCAAGAUGACACAAAUUGGUUUUUACCAAGCACUACAGGGAGGCUCCAUCCCAAGUGAGCUCGGCAUGAUGACUAGCAUGGCGUCACUAUGGCUCAAUGAGAAUGCAUUCACAGGAUCCAUCCCGACAGAACUGGGCAUGCUCACAAGUCUGACAGAGCUUAUCCUGAACACAAACCGCUUGACAGGAAACGUGCCCUCCGAGUUGGGAUUUCUGACCAACUUGAUUGACCUUUUCCUCUAUGCCAAUCUGUUAACUGGCCAUGUGCCAAGUGACAUGGGAAGGAUGACAGCUUUGACGACCAUGUUCCUUCCCGCCAAUUUGCUUUCUGGUUCAGUCCCCAGUGAGAUUGGUUUGAUGGAUUCUCUUGACAAACUGUAUUUCAACGUGAAUUCUCUAUCCGGAGUCGUUCCAAGCGAACUUGCACAGCUAUCCUCAAAUUUGACCAGGCUAUGGCUACACCACAAUUCACUAUCUGGAAGGAUGCCUAGCGAGAUUUGUCUUUUGACUUUGUUGGAGUCACUAAACCUGAAAGGCAAUUUCAAUCUAUCAGGACAGGUUUCUACUGAGAUUGGAAUGAUGACAGCGCUCAAGUGGUUGUCUUUGCAGGGGAACGCCUUCGCUAGCUCUCUUCCCAUUGGGCUUGGCAUGCUAAGAUCCCUAAGUACACUGCAUCUGGGACGCAACAAUUUCGUUGGUGUCAUUCCAUCAGAGGUUGGACUGCUUGGAGGUCUGGAGGAGCUUGAUCUCUCCAAUUUGGCACAACUGAGCGGAUCACUUCCAUCGGAGCUGGCCCUGAUGACUUCACUUGGCUACUUCAACCUGAGUGGCAGUCCGGGCUUAUCAGGUACCAUCCCAAAAGCGUUUUGCCAUAUGCAUCAGAAUGCAUCCUGUGGCUAUGGUCCCGGAGGAGACACAUCGAGAUUCAACUGCUACAUGGAAUUUGACUGCUCCAACAAACUCUGUGGGUGUGACUGUGUUUGCUAG